AUUCCAUUGAAAACGGUUGACUUGCGGUGUGUGUGAAAUUAGGACAAUAAUCGCUAAAAUUAUGGAUUUGAUAGCGAGGGCGUACGAUGUUGUAUUUUUUGAAAGAGCUGACCCUAGAGUAAAAGACUGGCUACUGAUGCAGUCACCAGUACCCCUGGCUGUGAUCAUCGUAAGCUACCUGGCACUUAUCAAGCUGAUCCUGCCAGCGUACAUGAGGGACAGGAAGCCCUAUGACUUGAGGAGCAUCAUUAAGUGGUACAACGUGCUGCAGAUUGUCGCCAAUGCUGUUGUUACUUGGGGGAUAAUGACAUCAGGGUGGACCACGACCUAUCACUUCGGCUGUCUACUCCCCGACUAUUCUACCAACCCUGAGGCGAUGCGCAUGCUUCGCUUCAUGUGGUGGACGAUCAUCAUCAAGCUGAUGGAGCUGAGCGAGACUGUCUUCUUCAUCUUGAGGAAGAAGGAUCGCCAAGCGUCCUUCCUUCAUAUCUACCACCAUGUCACUACACUGAUGAUCGUGUGGUGCGGGACUAAGUAUGUCGGAGGAGGUAUGACGUCAUUCCCUCCCAUGCUCAACAACGGGGUCCAUGUCAUCAUGUACAGCUACUACCUCCUCUCAUCUGAGGGCACUCCCAAGGUCAAAGCUUUCCUUGCCAAAUACAAGAUGUGGAUUACUGUCAUACAGAUGAUACAAUUCAAUGUCAUGCUGAUCCACGGAGGGCAAGUGUACCUCCCUAGCUGCCCAGCCCCCAUCGGCAUCACGCCAUUAUACUUCUCCACUGUAAUAUUCGUAUACUACAUGUUCUAUGAUUUCUUUAAACAAAAUUACGUUAAUAAAAAGAGGAAAGCCAGUAUGAACGGUGUCCAUAGUGGCAAUGGAAUAAAAAAAGUAGAUUAAAAGUUUAAUAAUGUUAAAUAUAGAAUCAGAAUGGUGCUAAUUCCUGUAAACACCAUCUAAUUUUAUUUUAAGUUAUACCUGUCAUUUUCUUAUCCGCCGAAAGGGAAAGGGACGGGUAAUCAACAAGCAUAAAAUUUAUGGAACACAUAUCAAUUUUAAGCACAAAUCAAAAAUAACCCUAUAAAAAUUUUGCAUUGGCUAAUAACGCGACAGAAUUAAGUUGACAGCACACGUCAAACGGUUUGCAUACCAGCGAGAUACCUUUUUGAUUCGCCCGGGUUAUUCAUUCAUUUACUCAUUCUUCCUAAAAUUAAGAGCUGUCAAUCAUCUGUCCUUUUCCUUUUCGAGGGAUAAGAAAAUGACAGUUAUAACUUAAAGUAAAAUUAGGAGGGUCUGCAGGAAUCGGGGCCACCGAUAUAAUAAAAUAAUACAAUAAGUAAGAGAACACACUAGAAUAAAAUAGCACUGCUGCCAUAAAAGAUACAUUUUGUAAUGUUUUAAACAGUUGCAGCUACAAUAAGGGACUUGACAGGGUACAUUCUCCAUUAAAAAUAUGGCGGUGUACAAAGUUGCCUUCAUUAAACCCUCUAAUUUCAUGGAUAAUUGCAUCUUUUUUUAUUUCUGAGUAUAAAUUAUGACCAUUCUUAUAACAUCCAGGAACAAGUCAUGUUCCAUCCAUUAUUAUUCUGAUCAAAAUAAAGAGAAUUGCUAUAGGUAGCAACAUAAUUCUACACAUAAUCUGAUCCAAAUAUCACACAACAAUUAUUUUAGUAUAUGCCUCUGCCCGUUAUUUUAUAGUUUCGAAUAAUUAUGUACCCCAAGCAGUGAGAAAAUAGGUAAAUAAUAAUAAUAAAUAAAUAAUUUAUUCAUGUACAACAGUUACAAAUUUUUGACAUGGCAUUUUAUUACAGGUUGUACUUAAUUCUAACAAAGUGCUGGUAAUUAUCAUAUCAAAUCUAUACAGCGCUAUCUAUAUUAUUUUCAGGGAAUGUAGCCUGGAAAUGCCCUAAUUCUUCAUAACAACUUAACUAAGAUUCUUUCUAUUUAUAUAUUUAUAAUAUAAUUUUCAAAAUCUUUAUUUUGUUAAUUUGUUAUUAUUUAUAUGCUGUGAAUUGUAAGAAAACACCUAUGUCAUAUGAAAGGAGGUUUUUAUAGAUAACAUGUGCCUGAAUAACAUUCAAUUUUACCCAUUACGGCAUCCCGCUAAUAUCAUAAGACCGGGAUGAUGAAUCGCCAGUCAAAACAUGUAGUAGUUCAUUUUGCUUCAUUCUAAUUAUUUGUGAAAAUUUUAAAUGAUUUAAUGUCUUGUUUUUGUGUGUUAUAAUAAAUAAUAAACCUUUUAUAAUAAACAAUUUCUAUUCUAUUUUUAACCAAUUUUAAAAAAGGAGCAGAAUUUCAAUUCAUCAGUAUAUUCUUUUUGUAUUAAUACUAUGUAGAAUAAAAACAUAAUAAGUUUUUUUCAAUAACCAGUUAUGUCAAUAAUGUACCUAUUAUUUGACUUGCUCAAAGAUAAAUUACCUACUUAUCUAAAAGUAGAGACCAAUCUCAUUUUUUGUUUUUAUUUAUUCCAUCAUAACUAAUUUAAGAGCCCGCUCCCGCUCCGGCUCGUUCCUGGUCCAAAGGCUGGCCAUUGCCAUUCAACGCGGUAAUGCGGCUAGUGUUGUGGGCACCUUUGCUCCGGGAACAGUGAGGGGCGGGUUAUUUAAUGACUAGUUUUUAAGUUUGUUUUUGUGACGUAUUGUUAUAUUAAUAUUUACAAUUAAAUAAAUUACUAUAAACAUUUAAGAGCUAGACUCUUAUCGGUGUAGCAUUCUCGAUUUUUGGUGUUGAUUUAGGUGAAUUUAAAUUUUUUAUUUAAAUCAUAAUGAUUAUGAUGGUUGAGUGGUUUUAUUGAUGACUUCACAAAGACAGUAUUUCCAUACAAAUUCAAUAGAAAAAUCUUAUGAUGUUUUAUAAAAGUAUCUUAUUCUUAUUAGAUUUGGGAGUAAGCUAGCCCAUUGUAGCACAGUUAAAUCAACUAAGAAACUUGUAGUAACUUAGUAUCUAUGUUAA